AUGCGAUUAAAGCAGCAACUUCAUAAUGCUGAAGAAAAAAAUGAUAACUAUCGACCAAAAUCAGAACCAGAAAGAAAAAGAUUAAUGAGUAAAGCUAUAGACAAUAUAUUGAAGAACAUGGUAAAGUUGGUAAAUGUUUGUAAUGUUGAUGGAUUUGUUUAUGGAAUUGUUCCUGAAAAUGGAAAACCGAUAAGUGGUGCAUCUGAAAAUCUUCGAUAUUGGUGGAAAGAAAAAGUGAAGUUUGAUAGAAAUGGUCCUGCUGCUAUAGUGAGGUAUAAACAAGAACAUGUUUUUAAUGUGAAUGGUUCGAAGAAAUAUGUGGUUGAAUUCAAGGAAGAUAAUUAUUUCAAAAGUAAAACAACACAUAAGCAUGUUUAUAAAACAUUUCACAACUUUCCUUUGGAGAAUGGUGUUGCUCCGCCAUGGUGGCCAAAAGGAGAUGAAGACUGGUGGGGUAUAUUGGCUUGUCCAAAGGAUCCACGUCCUCCACCAUAUAAGAAGCCUCAUGAUCUGAAAAAAGCUUGGAAAGUUGGAGUUCUCAUAAGUGUCAUUAAGCACAUGUCCAGUGAUGUUCCAAGAAUGGAUUUGAUCACAUGAUUGUGAGAGAUUAUCACCAACUGCAUUGUUCUUACAAAAAUACUAUUAUGAUAGAUGAUGCAGAUUUGGUUC